AGUGGGCCCACUGGAGCCUCGUCGACAGAAGAAGAUGAUGGGGGUUGUCUGUCUCUUGGCAGAAGCCCACAUUCCAAGGAAAUUGUUGCUGCUGCCAUUCAGAAAAUGGGUGUGCAGCUGCUGCAGAACCUGGAGAUGACGCCAGAGCAGCCAAAUAUUAUCAUAUCUCCUUUAAGCAUAUCUCUAGGCCUUUCCCAGCUGGCUUUAGGUGCUGUAAAUGAGACGAGGGAACUGCUGAUGCAUCAUCUUCAUGAAAACACUCUCCCCUGCUACCACCAGUCUCUGCAUAGUAUCUUGAUGCAGCUAAAAAACAGUGAUCUACACAUUGCCACACGUAUCUUUCUGCGUGAAGGGUUUAAGCCAAAGGAAGUAUUUGUCAAUGAGUCUCAUCGCUUUUAUCGCUCGGAACCAGCAAUCUUGGAGAAUCUGGAGCAAAUAAACACAUGGGUAGAGAACGCAACUCAAGGAAAGAUAGCUGACUUCCUUUCUGCUUUACCUCCCAAUCUGCUUCUCGUGCUCAUUAAUGCCGUCCAUUUCAAAGGAGAGUGGAAAGCUCGAUUUGACCCCCGCUUUACCUCCAGAGGUGUGUUCUAUCUCGAUGAACAGCACAUGGUUGAUGUAGAGGUAAUGGAAGAUGCCAAACAUCCCUUGAGUUUCUUCAUUGAUCAUGAACUGGAGGCUCAGGUAGCAAGCUUCCCAUUCCUGAAGUCUAUGAGUUUGUUGGUGGUCGUGCCUAUGUCUUUGCAGACAAAUAUCUCUUCACUUGCUGCAAAGAUCGAUGUCUCUAACCUUUAUAAUCGACUGCCCAAAGAGAGGGCAGUUCAAGUAAAAGUCCCCAAAUUCAAACUAGAGUAUGGACAAGAGUUAAAAGAUGUCUUUAUCAAAUUGGGCCUUGGUGAGAUAUUUUCUUCUCCCAACUUGGCUGAGAUUUCAGAUGGCCCUCUGCUGGUGUCCAGUGUAAUGCAUAAGUCCAGCAUGGAGAUAAAUGAGGAUGGUGCAGAGGCAGCUGCAGCUACUACUGUGGUUAUUUCAAGGGCAUCCAAUCCAGUUUUCCAUCUCAGCCAACCCUUCUUCUUUGCACUUAUGCAUGAUGUAACUAAAAUACCGAUUUUUAUGGGUGUAAUCAACAACCCCAAUCCCGGCGCUCCUGUCCUACAGAAAGGGGAAUUUGGAAGCAAGGAUAAAGUGGGAUUUCCCAUUGACAAGAAUGAUGGGGCCCAAUUUGGAGGCCCACCUAAGUAA